GAAUCAACAUCAUGAAUCUCAGUCAGCUCAAAUCCUACGGCUCACCUGAGAAGGGAGCCUGCAAAAGAGCAUUGGAAGAAGGUCUUGGCCGUGAACGAGAUGGGGUGCUGUUUCUUACGUAUUCCAUGCUGAUAUCUUCCAAAGGUGGCACCUCGCUGGAUCCGCAGGUGUCGCGCAUGGGCCAAGUUUACGAGUGGCUGGGAGGAUCCAAUGCUGAGGGCCUUCUGUGCUUUGACGAGGCACACAAAGCCAAGAACCUCGCGGAGCAUGGGGGCACAUCCACGAAGACCGGGUCUUGCGUGCUUCAACUGCAGCGAUCGUGCCCGAGGGCCAGGGUGCUCUACUCGACGGCGACAGCUGCGACGGAGGUGAAGCACAUGGCCUACAUGGACCGCCUCGGUUUGUGGGGACCGGGCUUGCCGCACAACCAGUUCCUGCAAUUCAAGGGUGCUGUGGAGCGCGGUGGAAUCAGUGGGAUGGAGCUGGUCGCCAUGAGCAUGAAAGCUCAGGGCAUGCUGUCCUGCAGGACUUUGUCGUACCAGGGUGUUGCCUUUGAAGUCACCUCGGUUAAGUUGGAUGAGAUCUCCUUGCGGCAAUACGACGCAGCUGCAGCCUUCUGGCAGAAGAUGUGGCAUGCGUUUUGUGCCUACCUGGACCGCAGAGAGAAGGAUCCAACAUGGGGCAGCCAAGAAGAACCACAGGGGCGCAAGAAACGCUGCAGCAGGUGGCGAGCCUUGAUGCUGGGCCUGUUUUGGAGCACGCAGCAGCGCUUCUUCAAGCAGCUGCAGGUGGCGGCCAAAGUUCCAACGGCCGUGGGUUUGGCCAAGACAGCCCUCAAGGAUGGCAACGCUGUGGUUUUCUCCAUGUGGUCCACUGCCGAAGCUCGCACUCGCGAACGGAUGCUGAGCACGAGCAAAGCCGAUGCAAGCAAGGAGGGUUCUGACAGCGAUGAAGCGCUUGAGGAUGUGAAUGGGGAAGGCUUCCUGUCAGGUCCGCGGAUGAUGGUGGAACACUUUUUGGAGCGGCACAUGACCUACCAUCGGCCAUCAGGCCGCGAGGUGCAGUGGGCAAAGGCGUUGGUGCAACCUUUGCAGCAAGAACUUGCCACUUUGGAUCUGCCACCCAAUCCGCUGGACACGCUCAUUGAUGAACUAGGAGGGCCCGCCAAGGUUGCUGAGAUGACGGGCCGGUCCCACCGACAGGAGCGCGUGGGGAGGAACUUGGAAUAUGUCAAGCGCACGUGCAGCAUGCCGAAAGGAGCCAGCGCCUCGGCCGUGGUGGAUGCAGAACAAGUCAAUUUGCAAGAGCAGUUGGCCUUUCAGACUGGACAGAAGCAGGUUGCUGUGAUCACAGAAGCUGCUUCGGCGGGAAUCUCCUUGCACUCAGACCGAAGGUACAAGCAGAACGGCUAUGUUCCCAAGCCCCGGGUGAUGAUCACAGUUGAGUUGCCAUGGGCCGGCGACAAAGCCAAGCAACAGUUUGGCCGCAUCCAUCGCUCAAACCAGUUGUUUCCACCAAGUUUUCAGCUGGUCAUUACCGAGUUGGCUGGCGAAGUGCGAUUCGUGUCGGCCGUGACCAGGCGCCUCAUUUUGCUCGGCGCGAUGACCAAAGGGGACCGGAGCUCCAGCGAAGCACUUGAUGCCCUGGGAGACUUUGACGUGCACAACCGCCAUGGUGCCUAUGCUCUCGAGGCCUUGUGCGAGUGCUUGCGCUCCGGCAGCUUCCGUGGUUCCGAGGGCGACCUGCUGUGUUUGAAAGGGGCUGGACGGCAGUGGUCCUCCUGGGCAGCCUUUGCCAAAGAUGCCUCCAACAAGCUGAAGGCCAUUGACUUCAAGUUGGGUUUCGCGGAGCGGCGGCAGUCGGGCCAGAGUGCGCUUCAGGAUCCGCGAGCCAUCAGCCGAUUCCUCAACCGACUCUUGAUGCUGGAGGUUCACUUGCAGAAGGCUCUCUUCGAGGCCUUUUUCAUGCUGUACCGCGCGGCGGCGGAAGCUGAUCAGGUGAGCGGGGAGUAUGCAGAUGGAGCCGAGCAGCUUCACCUCCUGCACGGCCGACGUGUGCGCUCGUUGAAGGUCAAGAGCCAAGAGGUUGUGCACAAAGCGGCUGAUACUGGAGCGGCAACCAACUAUGUUCAGGUGCGCAUCGACAGAGGAGUAUCCUGGGAAGAAGCGCAAGAGGCAGCACGUAAGAGCGCCCGUGGGCAUCCGCUGGAAGGAUUCUACCUCUACAGCCCGCCCGGCAAGGCUGGGAAGGAAGCGGUCCUGGUGCUGGCACGCCCUGAAAGCGACCUCUUCGAGAAUGCCCAAGGAUCGAGCGGCAAUUGUGGUUUGCUUGUUCUCCGACCACACCUGGGCCUGUCCAAACGGUUUGCAGGGAAACCAGUGAAUGCUGCCAGUCUUCAACAGUUCAAGAAGUGCAGCACAGCUGCGUCAAAACAUGAGGCGAAGAUGGCCUGGCAGCAGCAAUUCAAUGCAUCGCUGAACAACUGCAUCCAUGGCCAGCGGGGUGCAGAGUGCCCUGAGCCAGGCAAAUGUUGCUUGGGCUCCCGCAUUUCCGAGGAGCACAUCCUCACAGGCAACAUCUUGAGCACAUGGCUUCAGGUGGCCUCAUCAUUGAAUGCCCAGCGCCAGACAAAUGAUGAGGUUGAGCAUUUGGUUCAGCGGCGCAUGCCCAUGGUCCGGGCGGUGACUGACGAGCACGAGGUGAUUGUCGGAGUGGCGGUGCAGCCGGAUGCCGUGGAGGAGGUGAAGUAUGUGCUGCAGGCCUUGACCGCAUCGGCAGCUUCAACAACUGCAAUUCAGGAAGUUUCCAGCAAAGCUCAGGCUUCACCUUUGGCUGGCAACGGGCGUUCUAUGGAUCUCCGCAACAUGAUCGUGGCAGAACUGAAGUCUUUCCCUUCCAAGUCAGCACCGUGGCGCAACUGGUGCCAGGUGCACGAUUAUUUGCGCCAUGCAGGGAAGGUGACUUUUGCGCCUGAUGACCUCUUUGCAGUGCAGAACGCAGUGACAAUGUUGCAGAACUUCGGCACAGUGCAGAUCGACAAGGGCAAGAUGAGCCUGCUGGAGAGAGAGGGUCAACCGGUGGUGCAGGUUCCUGACUUUCAAGCUAUGAUGGCAAAAGUCUCCCCAGAAGGUGCUGACAUGAUGAAGAGAUGGCAAGACGUGAUGCAGCUAGCAAAAGACGGCAAGUCCGAAGAUGCGGGCAAGCUCGCCCGAUCCAUCGCUAUGGGCGGAGCACGCACGCAGGCAGCUUCAGCAAGUUCACCGCCGCAGAAACGGGCGAAGCUGGAAUGA